UCUAUUAAUAAAUUAGCAGUUACAAAUUUAAAAUUUUUAGAAAUAUCAAAAGUCAUAUGUUAGUUAAUUAUCUUCUAAAUAACAUUUAUUUCUAAUUCUUUUUGGAUGAAAAUAUUUUGGCUGAGGUGGAUAGUCCCAAAAACCUUGAAUUUAGUCUCUUUUAUAUAGUAGGAUUUUACAUAGACUUUCAUUACUUGUCUAUAGAAUUCUAUUGAUUGUUAUUAAUUUUUAAAAUAAGAAAUUAAUGGUGGUAGAAAAAAGGGAAAGAAGAUCAUUUUAAUUAGGAAAAUUCUUUUAAAUAGUCAUUUUUAAAUUUUUAUCACAAAAAAAUUUUCAAAGAAAAAAAUAAUCAAAAAGUUUCAUUAAAGAUGCAAAAGACCAUUAUACGCCUUAUUUUAUAAAUAUAUAAAUAAUAAAAUAAAAUAUAUUUUUUUAUAAUUUUGAAAUAUAUGUUUUUAAAUUUGAACUUUUUUACUAAAAAAAUCGAUUCAAAAUUCUUUUUUUUAAGAUACUUUUGAAAAUACUUUUUAAAAUUAUUUUAAAAAAUUAAUAUUUUUUCUAUUUUUUUAGUUGUAUAUGUAUUAUGUUAAAGUCGUUAUUGUAUUAUUUUAUAAAUAUAUAAAUAAUAAAAUAAAAAUAUUUUUUUAUGUAAAUGUAUUUUAUUACAUAGAUUUCAAAACAUUUAUGGGUAUAGAUGAUAUUUUUAAUGUUGAGUUUUAUGGGUAAAAACAAAGAAAAUUUACAUUCUAAUAACAAUAUAUUUUAAUCGAAUCUUAAAAUCAAUGAAAACUAAAACUUUAUAAUAACAAAAGAUUUUGAAUAGAAUUUAAAAGUUCUCAUCCCAAUAACAAUCGAUUAUAUUCAGAAAAUUCACAAACCAAUAACAAUGAAAUCUCAAAAUUUAAUUAUGGACAAUUCUCUCAAAUAAUUCUUUUUAGGUUUACCCUUUAAGAAAACCUAUUUUGGCCAUUUUCUUGACUGAAAGCUAUUUUAUGACAAAAACUUUAAAAAAAAUAUCAUAAAGAGUUUCUCUUUAAUUAUUCUUUUAAAAUUGUUGAAGAAUAAGUUGUUCUAAAAAAUUAGCAAAUUCACAAACCAACUGAUUAGAUGCGUUUAAGAAAGUUAGCAUUAUUUAGUGUUAACAUUGUAUAAUCACAUCUAUUAUCACCAAUGUUGUUCCAACACUUAAUCAAAUUUUAACCUAACAAAAAUAUUUUAAAAAUUUCUACAGGCCGUUCUACGGUUGUAAUUGUUGUUUUCUUUAAAUUAUAAUAUCAAAAACAUUGUUGUCAAAAAAAAAAAUAAUAUCAAAAACAUUUUACAAAAUAUAUUAUCUCAGAUCCGACAGAUUUGCAUUAAUUACCCAUUUGCAACGACUUUAUAUUGGUUACAGACCCAAUGUUAUUCAUAAACUACUCUACAAGUUUAUGGUUUCUAGAAACUACGAAAUUGUUGUUGAUGCUAACUAUUUAUGCAGCAAGAUCAAUUUUUCGGCUCAAAACUACCACAUUUGUUUAUUAAAAAUACCACAAAGCAUUUAAGAAAUAUUCUUGAACUUUUAUUAAGGCUUGUCGCGCGCUUGCAUGCAAUCUUUUCAAAAUUUAAAGGAACCUUUUUUAAACCAAAUUGUCAUAGUUUUGGGAUAUUGCUUCAUAGCUUAUAUGGAAACAUAUCCUAUAAAUCCAUAAAAAAAUUCAGUGUUCAAAAUAUGUAGCAAAUUAUAAUUUUUAAAUCAAUGUAGAAGAUGGCAAAAUAUAAUUUUUACUACUGAUGACUGCUACCAAUUUUGUAUUGAUCGCAAAUUUAUAAAUAAAAAAAAAGCAUACAUGUAGAACAAAUAAUUAUAGAAUUAUUGUGUUAUUUAGUGGCUAAUGAUCACAAAUUAAUAUAUGAUAUUCUUAUUUAAUCAUUACAAAAUACUGUAUAACCUCUUUAAAUUAAUACUCUAUAAAUUAAUAUAUACUAAAAAUCUCUAUAAAAUAAUACAAUUUUAUAGUCCCAAAUUGAGUUUUUGGUUCAACUAGUAUAUCGAUAAAUUAAUAUUUUUAUAAAUUAAUAAAAAAAUAUAGUUUUGGUGUAGUCCCAACAUUAUUAAUUUAUAGAGGUUUCACUGUACUGUAGUACAACUUUUCGUCGGUUCAUGUAUAUAUGCAAUUACAAAUAUGUUGCAAUUUGUGAUAAAUUUAUAUAUAUAUAUAUAUGUAGAGAGACUACAUGGGAAGAGUUAAAAAAAAAGAAGCAUGCUUGAACCAACAGAGAGUGGAUCCAAAUGUUGCUUUCCAGCUUUACCAACGUAUCACCCACAUUACUGCCACUGCUACAUAAACUGAAGGAGAGAGAAAUUGAGAUACUGUGAUGAUGAUCAUCAUGAUAUAUCGAUGUCUAUGAUAAAUUGAUGAUGAUGGCUCCGGUAUGCGUACCCUAAGAGCUGUAGCUAGCUAGGACCAUGGAUACAUUAUACAUAUCGGUGUCUUUGUAACUUGUACGUACGCAGAGCAUGGAGUUUACUAAAACGGAGACGUUUGGUGGGUCGUAGUGGGGUUAGUGAAUUUGCAAGUGGGACUGAGUCUAUGUGUUAUAGGAUAUGCAACAUGCAAAUGGUCCCCUUCUGUUCUCUUUUUUUAUUAAAAUAAUUUAGUGUCUACUAAGGAGGAAACAUCCCUUUUAUAGAUUCACACCCAUAAAAUGCAAGUUUCUCUUUUAUUUGAUUUCAUGAUCUACAGUAUUCUGAAACUGUGGAAAAUGUACAUAUAUAGAAUGUGUGCUCCGAACACUCCUGGCAAAUUCGUCACAAUAUACAUUAUCAUGCUCUGAGUGUACGUAUUGGUUGUUAGUUCAUGUAACUUUUUUUUGAAAAAAUUAUUGCAAAGGCGACGAUGGUAUAUAAUAGAAGUCAUAUGAUAAAUAAAGUGUGUAUAAAGUUUAAGAAAUACAAAAAGAACAUAUAUAAAAAUGGUUCUUUUGUAAUCCACUUCUUUUGAUAUAUGAGAGAUUCGUUUGAGUGUACAUGUGGCCUUUCAAUCGAGCCUAUUCUGUCUGUAUCUAGGCAACCGCAUUCCACAUGUACCUUUACAACAGAGAGCUUCUGUAAUUCGUUUUUAAUAUAAUCACAAAAAAUGAAGCACAACCACAUAUGGGCUGUGAAUAUAUAUACAAACAAAGUCUCAUAGUAUGACGUCUUUGAGUCCAAGAACAAAUCCAUGCGAACUUUAUAAUAAUCAGCCUAGGAAGAGUUGGAUAUGAGUUUCAAAAACACAUUAACUGGUAUGAGAGCCGGUUGGCAAAAAUCUGCAAAAAAAAACAAAAACAAAAAUAUACUCGUCGAUUCGAGGAGUGACUUCAGUAGGAAGGGGACGUAUGUAGCCGAGAUCAGUCAAAGAUCCUGAAAGCUUCGAUUGUGGGAAGAUUAGACUCAUUGUUCUUUAACGUGAAACUUUUAAGGCUAAAACUGAGAUUCAUAAUUUAUGAUAUUAACAGAUCAUUUAUGCUCGUGCUUACACCUGUAAGCAUCAGUACAACUUGCUUCUUGGUAAACAAGAAAGCAUGUCUGAUUAUUUCCUCGUGAGUUUCCAAUCGACAAAAACAUAACAUGAAUAUAAGCUGAGCUUACCAUUGCUUUCCAGAUUGUUGACUCGAUCAUUGCUUUAUUCCGAGUGGAUUUCACUAGAAGAUGGGAACUUGCUGAUCGCCAGGUUACAUUACGUAACAUAAAGCAUUAACAAGAUAUAGCUGUGCUAAAAAGGUGGAAAGCUUCUCUGCUUUUCUCAAGAAGGUUAGUUUCUGUGUUGCAGCAAAAACUAGCUCAGACGCUCUCAAGGAUAAUCAAAAUUGCAGAGGAAUUCAAUGUUGCUGUCUACAUGACCAACCAAGGUUUGCUUUACUCUAGAAGGGAAGGAUUCUUUUAUUGGUUGCACUAACCCGAUAAGGGGAUCAUCUUUUGAUAUGAUAAUUGAAGUGAUAUAGGAUCCAGGGGGUGGAAUUAAUGUUCAUAUCAGAUCCAAAGAAGCCAGCAGGUGGUCAUGUUCUUGCUCACGCAGUCACGAUCAGUCUCAGUUUCAGGAAGGGCAAAGGAGAGCAACGAGUCUGCAAAGUCUUUGACGCUCCUAAUCUCCGGAAGGCGAAGCUAUAUCCUUUUGAAAAAAUAACACUGAGAGUUCACUUGAUUAUUCAUUACUUUCUUGUUCCCUUAACAAAAUAAUCACAUUUUCCAGAUUACUCCCGGAGGGAGGCGUUGCAGAUGCCAAGGGCUAAAGCCACCCUACAGGAGUAGAGAUGGCAAUUUUGGACCUGGACCACAUGCCUUUUCCAUAAAGGAGUGCUACGGGGCAGGAUCGGGGCGGGGUUUAGUAAGCCCAAAAAGAGAAAGCCUCGCGGGAUGGGUUCUUUCGGUAUUAGGCCUUCGGUGCGAUGGGCCACCAGUGGACCGCAUGAUAGUGAAAACCCGCCUAACCUUAGGCUUUUUUUGUUGAUUUUUCAACUGAAAAUAGAAAAAAACGAGAGAGACUGCGAGGCUGGCGAUCUAGUUUUGAUCUUCACCGACAAGCUAUGGAGCUCCGGUGAUGGCGGUUUGGUGUUCGAUGAUUCUUCCGGUCUCCCAUGCGUCUUUGAUUCUUCGAGAACUGUGCGAGCUCACUUUUCACCGAAGAAACUGAUGGAGCUCCGACGAUGGGUUCUUCAGCGAUGGUGCUUCCAGACUCUUCUUCCUACAUGCAUGUCACAGGUUGUUUCUCUUCGAUCCACCACCGGAGCUUCUCUUCGAUCAACUACUGGAGAUUCUCCUUCGCUGCAUGCAUGUUCAUCUUCUUCUCCUCUUCACUGAACGUGUACACAAUUCUUCAUAUUUCAGGCUAGCUAGACUGAUGUUUAGUUGCAAUUGUCUUUGUCCCGGUUAGCUUGAUGUUUAGUUACAUUGCUUUGCAAACAACAAACUAAAAAGUUCUGCACCAUUUAACUAAAGAACAACAAGAAACUACUUAAAACUACGAUUGUAAACAAAGCCAUUUAGAUUCUAAUUCAAAUUUGCAUCUACAAAGCGUACUGAUCAUGAAGUUUAGAUGGUGCAGGCAAUGGAAGAUCAGACGUCCAGUGGGCUGACCCGCAAAGGCCCAUACAUAUAGCAGGCGGGUUUGGGCAGCCAUUUCGGAGACCGGCCCGUGCAGGUCUGACCCUCCAUGAUUCGCUUGAAGCCAUUCUCGCUGCGGUCCGGGACGGGACUGGACAACUUUUUUGCCAUUUCUAUAGAGGAGCUCUUUAUUAUAUCAUCUUACAUAUGUUUAUUUUUUACUUGUUUAUUUCUAUUAUGUUUUGACCCACAUGACUUUACUUGGGAAGUUAUUUCACUACUUGUGACUGAUUUAUUACUGUCAUUUUUAUGCACUGAAACAUACGUGUAUAAGUCUUUAUUACUAGCCCGCUUAUUGUUACCACCAGGUAGAGCUCCAACGCAAUAAGCAAGUUUUAAGAGUGAAAAGAUGAUUUCUAAAAUAUGUGGAAACCCAGCUAGAGAGACCAAAAAAGUAAAAAAAAAAAAACAACAAAGAAGCCUUUCCAGUGAAAACAACUCAUAGCUUACAAAGAAGCCAUCAAUUUUAUUAUUCAUCGAUGCUCUAUGGAUCAACCAAAAAAUCAAGCCAUGAAAUAUGGUCUAGUUCAUUAGAGAUGAAAUUUGUUUCACUUCCUUUUCGUUUUUUUUUUCUUUUGUAAUUUUUGAUACAAAUAUGAUAAAUUUUUUGGCAUACGACAAAUAUGUACACAAUGUCCUUUUAUGUCGCAUUUGUCGCAAACAUUUCAAGAUUUCUUUCUAACAUCCCGACUUUUUUUUAUUUUCGAUGAAGUUCGCAGUAGUUCUUUCAUCAUAAGGAUAAAAUCUUCGUUGUCGCCCUUUUCCACAACCAUGAUAGCGGUUUUUACCGUGUCCAUGUCCUCAUACCUCCUAAUUAUUAUAACUAAAUGAUGCAACAUUCACUUCAGAGAACAAAUCAGAUUCAUUAGGACUAGCAUGAUGAUUCAAUGUUACAACUUGAUUGCUCCGCGACAAGGAAAACUUACAUCAACUCCAAGUACUAGGUAUAUCCAUUCGCCUUGUAUUUGCUGCAUGACUACAUUUUCACGAUCGAACAUGAAGAGAUUUAUCUCUAUCAUAGCAUCAUCACUUAUCUUCUUUCCACGUAACAUUUUCCUUGAUGUAAUUCCGAACAUCCCAAAAUUAUAUCCACUAAUACUUUUGUAGUCCUGGAACAAAAAUUGGAUCGACUCGUGUUUGGAUUUCGGUAUAAGUUCACAUAUCUCUUGUAAUCAAACCUCUCUUUUGAACAUUGCCAAAAUAUCUACAUGAUCUUCUUUCUUAAUAUAUUUAUCGUUUAAACCAUCAUGUAUGUAGUUUCUUAAAAACAUCAUGUCUUUUUCCUUUUUCUCAUACGACAUAGUUUUCAAUUUAUUGAUGGUUUCUAAAAGUUCCUUUCCUCUUAGGUCCAUUUUUACACUGACAGACCAUGUCAUAUAAUUAUUCCCAGUAAUAUCAGCGACAGUUAUUUCGAGCUUUGUUAAAUUCUACAUUAUAACUGGAUUAAUAAAAUAGUAAUAUAAAAAUAUAAUAAAAUCAUAAUUUGAGUGCAUAGUACACCAUAUUGACUAUUUUAUAUUUAUGAAUUCAAAGCCUUCCUAUACGAUCCGAGGAGACAAAGUUUAACAUGUUGAUCAUUUCAUAUUCAUGGAGACAAAGCCUACUAUGUGAUCUUUUAAUCGCGAAGACAUUGUCUAUUAUAAUGAGAAAUCAGGAAAGGCAACACAAAUAAUAAACGUAGAAAGUAAAGCUAUCACUCUGAAAUAAAAUUAAAUAAAGUAAAAUAUAUUGAAACAUAAAUUAAAUCUCAGCUCGUACAUGAUAAGAACGCUCGUCAUGAUAACAUGUUAAAACUUAUAUGAAAGAUACAUUUAUGAAAUAUAUAUUGUAUUUAUAUUUGACAUGUUAUUAAUAUAUAUUAUUUUAUGUGUGGUAGGAGAAAUAUCAACGACAAAGAGACUUUAUCAUAGGGCUGGGAAAAAUAUCAGUAAGUUUUAAUUUGAUUUGUUAUCUGUUUUGUUUCAAACUGAAAAUUCGGAUAUCCGUAACCUUACAAAACUAAACAAAUAUUAAUAUGAAAUAUUCAAAAGAAACAAAUCAAAUUAACUUUUUAUUUUAGGUAAGUUUUAUAAUAUUUUUAUUUAUUAUAUUAGUUAUUAGAAUUUUAAAAAGAAAAUAAUUUUAUAUUUGUACCAAAAUAUUAUUAUUUUAUAUUAUCUUUGAAUUUAAAUUUAUUUUUAAAUUUUAUUUUAUUUGUACAUAUCGAAUAAGAUAUUCGUUUAAAAAUAUAAAAAAAAUUUGGAUAUCUUGAACACCGAAUAUUCGGAUAACUACAGAUCGAAUCGGAUAACUGAUUAUUUGGACAAAACAAUUCGGAUCACAAAUAUCUCAAAACCCGAAUAUUUGACCCGUGCCCACCUCUCAUUUGUAAAACACUUAUUGCUCUUUCUAUAUUAUAUAUCUCAUAUUUUACAAGAGAUGUUACUAUAUCUAAGAAAAAAAGAAAAGUAUACUCAAUUAUUUAAACGGCUAAGAGAAUAAGACAAGGUUAAUAGGAUAAAUCUUAUCCUCUUUAAUAAAUAAGCAUUAUUUAAUAUUUUUGGUAAUAAACUAUGUUGCAUGGAAACUCGGUUGAAGGUACGUUUCACGUUUCGGAAACGUUUCGGAAUCGAAAUCUUUCGGAAACUCGUGGAAACGCAUUGGAAACUCGUUUCUUAAAAAUCUCAGUUUGAAAACUUAGUGAAACUUGCGUUUCUAUUUUGGAAACUCGUGUUUCUGUUCUGGAAACGCUAAAACUUUUCAAUUAGUUAUGAUUUGUUGUUAUGAUUUUUAUUUUAGUUAAACUAUUUAAUAUUUAAGUACUGGGCUUUUGUUAUUUUGAAUUUAUUAUAUGAUUUUGAUGUUUAAUAAUGACUUAUUUUUUUCGUACGAUUAAAUAGAAUGGAUAUUUGUUUAUUUGUAUUCUAAGAUAUAGUAAACAUAAUAAAAUGAAUGAAAAUAUUAAUCAGUUAUAUAUAUAUAUUUAUAUAUAUAUAUAUUUAUAGACGUUUCUAAAAUGUUUUCAAAGCAUAAAAAAUCAAAAAUUACGUUUCUACGUUUCGAAAUGUUUUGUUUCAACGUAUCCGUUUCCGUUUCCAUGCAAUCUAGGUAAUAAAUGUACUUAAGACUGUUUUAGUCAUUUAGAUGAUUUUAUCGAAAACAAACUAAUUUUAGUUCACUAAACCAUUUUGAACAAAAUUUUGGUCAAAAUUUUGUCAUUAAUUACGUACCGACGAAAAAUUGGUUGGUCCUAAAUUAAAAACAGUUUGACCAAUAAAUUUUGAUAAAUAUUUCACUAAAUAAAAAUUGGUUUUUAGUGAAAAAAUAUAUUACAGAUUAUUUUAGACAUUUCUCCAUAAGAAUAUAAAAAAAAAUUACCAAUAUUUUAAAAAAUAUUUAUGGUAUGCCUAUAAAGAGCGCAAUGUUAUUACAACCCCAAUUCAAUUUAUAAAAGAAAAGUGAAAAGAACAGAAGCAUUUCCAAAGCAAGCAAUAGUGCAAAAAAAUCUUCUAUGGACGGUCCGGGGAAUAGCCGCCUUAAAAUCGUCAGUCUCGACACCGAACUGUCCAUAGAGACUAUUCCUAAUGAACUCAUCAUCGAGAUACUCUCAAGAGUACCUGCGAAAUCCAUCGCAACUUGCCGCCGCGUCUUGAAGGAAUGGAAAUCCUUACUUCUUACUCCAGCUUUCACAGAUUCUUUUCUAACCAUUUCAUCAGCGCAGCCGCGUAUUUUGCUCACCUUUAAAUGUAGCGGUAAGUGGCAUUUCUGUACAGCUCCUCAGCCUCAACAUCUUGAUGAAGAGUUAAGUGUUGUAGAAGCAGAUUAUCAUAUGAGAUUAAAUGGAGGUUCGGGACCCGAAAGUUGUCUAUCUGUCCAGGGAUUUACGUGUCUUAUCGAUCGACCAAAAAUAAUGGGAAAGUACGAAAGGGUUCCUGUGAUAUGUAACCCUUCCACGGGUCAACACCUAACUUUACCCAAAGUUAAAGCGAAGAAUUCUGAUUUGAGAACCUUUUUUGGGUAUGAUCCCAUCAAAAAACAGUUCAAGGUUCUGUGCAUGACCGUGACAAACUACAGAAAACAAGUUAAUUCCAAGGAGCAUCAAGUUCUGACGAAAGGGAAGGGAAGACUAUCCUGGAGAAAGAUCAUAUGUUUGUUUCCGCAUUAUCCUGAACGUGAGAGAGAUGGGAUAUGCAUCAACGGGAUUUUGUAUUACAUAGCUCGGUCGGACAAGACUUGUUUGAUAGCAUCCUUUGAUGUUGGGUCUGAAGAAUUUAGACUGAUAAAUAUGCCGGAGGGCUCUAACUUAACUUACAUUUCGGCUUUGGUGAAUUUCAAGGGAAAGCUAUGUGCUGUGGUGGUGUAUAGUGGUAGUCAUGGUGAGUUAUGGGUUCUAGACGAUACCCAGAAAGAGAAAUGGUCCAAGCAUAGCUUUGAUUCCCCAAAUACAGAUUUUGAGGAAGUAAAGUCAACAUGGGCUACUGAUACAGGUGAAAUUGCUUGGGUCCUAAGUCGUUGGAAAAAUCCAUUCCAUGUUUUCUUUUACAACCUGGAUAGCAAGUGUGUCAGAAGAGUUGAAAUUAAAGGAAUUGAUGAUAAGGUAUUGCUGGGUAAAGAUCGUGUUAUACAACAUUUAAGUGUUACAAGCUAUGUUGAAAAUGUUAUGAUUCUGUAAUAACUUUGGGUCUAAUCCCGGGUUUGGUUCUAAGUGUUUGAUCAUUUCUGAUUUGUAUAAUAGUUCAAUGAAUGUUUCUCCGUCUUGGUUGUUGCUUAUGGAUAUUGUCUUGAAUU